AUGACAUCUGCGACAAAAACGGGCUAUGUGGGAAAUCUUACUCCAUCCGAGGAGGAGAAGCUUCGGGAGUUCUGGAGGAUCUUGAUUCAAUCAUGGGAUGAAGAAGUACCCAGCCCUGACGGAGCCUCAGCAGGAGACUCCGACAGCACGCCAAAGUCACAUCGACGAUUCUUCUCCCUGACUCGCUCACCAACGCAGCCUACCGAGGAGGAGACAUCGGCUAUCCCCGCUAAGCAGUUAGCCACCCUCAAGAAUCUGAACGCAAGUCCAGCCGAGACCAAGACAGUUCAGUCGCUUCUCUUGAAGCUUCCAGGCGAUAGGCUUCGGUCGGCGCUUUUGACCCUUCUCAAACAAGACCAUCCCGACGCUCUUCUUUUGCGCUUCCUUCGUGCGGAGAAAUGGAACGUCCCAAGAGCGUGGAUCAAGUUAGUCUCGGCUUUGAACUGGCGUGCCAAUGAGUACAAAGUGGAUGAGGAGGUUCUGCUCAAGGGCGAAGCGUACGCGCUUGAAAAGUCCCGAAUGGAAGGAGAUUCAUCAGAGAAAAAGGAUAGUGAGGGCUUUAUGUUGCAGGCUACCACUGGGAAAGGUCACUUCCAUGGCUGCGACAGAAUGGGUCGACCCAUUUGUGUUAUUCGAGUACGAAUUCAUGACCCAAGCACCCAGACUCAAAAGGGAUUGAACGACUUCAUUAUUCAGUGCAUCGAGACUGUUCGAUUACUUCAGGUUCCGCCCGUGGAAUCCAUGACGAUUGUCUUCGAUCUCACAUCGUUCACGCUUGGAAAUUGGGAGUUCCCUCCGAUGAAGUUCAUCAUCGACUGUUUCCAGGAAAACUAUCCUGAGUCUCUCGGCGCGAUUAUCUUCUACAACGCCCCGUGGAUCUUCUCCAGCUUUUGGAAAAUGAUCAACGGUAUUCUUGACCCCGUGGUUGCCGCCAAGGUGCACUUCAUCACUGGUGCCAAGGCUCUUGAAGAGCUGAUUCCUCGGGAGAAUAUUCUGAAGGAACUGGGCGGAGAGGAGGACUGGGAAUAUGAAUAUGUGGAGCCUGUUGCUGGGGAAAAUGACAGGCUGAACGAUACUGCCGCCCGGGAUAUCAUUCUCGCAGAAAGAAAUAACCUUGGUGCUGACCUUUUCAGUCUAACCACCCAAUGGAUCGCAGAUCCCAAGACAGACUUGGAAAGCCGGGACCAGGUAGUUGAGAAAUUGCGCAAGAACUACUGGGAUCUUGACCCCUACGUCCGAGCCCGGACUGUUCUGGAUCGAACAGGGGUGAUCAAGGGCGAUGGAACUGUCAAUUUCUACCCUGCCGCGGAAGGCGAGACCACGGAGAAGCCCACAAUAGCGGAGAAUUUGAAUGAAACGCCAGUUCCGGUAGCUGCAUGA